ACAGAAAUAUUACCGAUGUGCCACUGGCUGUCUUUCAGCUGAUGCUUUCUCGCUUUCAUCGCAUCCUUCGUCCUCUUCGGCGAUCCCAGCUCGUCUUCCCGCUCGACCGCCGCCUCUCCAUGGCGCCGACAUCGCCGGAGACUCGACCCAUAUCGCCGGAGACCACUCGCAUCGGCUGGAUCGGCACCGGAGUCAUGGGCCGCGCCAUGGCUGGGCAUCUCAUCUCCGCCGGCUACUCCCUCACCGUCUUCAAUCGAACUCCAUCGAAGGCCAAGACCCUCAUAGAUCUCGGAGCCCGAUACGCUGAAUCUCCUCUUGCCGUCGCCCAGGCCUCCGACGUCCUCUUCCUCAUCGUCGGUUACCCCUCCGACGUCCGCCUUGUCGGGUUCCAAGCCCUCCCUGGCCUCUCGCCUGGAUCCGUCCUCGUUGAUAUGACCACCAGUGACCCGUCCCUUGCCGCAGAGCUCUCCUCGGCUGCCAUCGCCGCCUCCUGCCAGUCUAUAGACGCACCUGUGUCUGGCGGUGACCGUGGUGCUCGGUCUGCAUCCCUCUCCAUAUUCGCUGGCGGCGAUGCGUCCACCGUCGAGCGUCUUAAGCCCCUUUUUGGAUGUAUGGGGACGGUGAGGUACAUGGGGGCCGCGGGGGCGGGGCAGAGAGCGAAGCUGGGGAACCAGAUAGCAAUAGCGUCGACGAUGGUGGGGCUGGUGGAGGGGAUGGUGUACGCGCACAAGGUGGGGCUUGAUGUGGAGAGGUGGAUGGAGGCGAUAUCCACCGGCGCCGCAGGGUCGAAGUCGCUGGAACUCUAUGGGAAGAGGAUCCUGGACAGGGAUUUUGAGGCUGGGUUCUAUGUGCAUCACUUCGUGAAGGAUUUGGGGAUUUGUUUGAAGGAAUGCGAGACCUUGGGACUGUCGUUGCCGGGGCUGGCACUGGCUCAGCAGCUCUAUGUUUCGCUUGUGGCUCAUGGGGAAGGAGGGCUAGGGACACAAGCGCUGGCAUUGGCGAUUGAAAGGCUUAACAAUACCUGCUUGAAGGGAGGCUCCUCUGGGUCUGGUUGAACUAUUGGUAAAAAUCUCACCUUUGUUCUUCCAUUCAGAAUCGAUGACAUGCUUGGAUUCUGUCUCUAUGUUGAAUGUUAAAACUUUGAACUUUGCUUUAAAUUACUGGUUGAGAUGCUACUCAGAGAAUGUUGUGUUGCAGUUUCAUUAUGCCAGUGCUCUUCAUUCCAAUUGAUGGUA